AUGCCAAAGAAAGCAGUCCCGGCCAAGUCUUCGGAGUCAUCGCCACUGUCGGCCCACAUCAGCAGCGAGAAGACGCGCAUCUCCAUUCCGCUGAAGCCCACGCUGUUUCUCAAAAUUUUCCUGGCUGCCUUUGCCUUCCGAGCCUACAAUGCCGUCUCGGUCAAGACCUUCUUCAGCCCUGAUGAAUACUGGCAGUCGCUUGAAUGGGCCCACCAAAUUCGCAGCUUUGCCCAUCCGUUCAUUUUCGCACUAGGAUACCAGGCCCUCAAGAGCCUCGGGCUAGACAACACCGAGCUGGUGAUUUUGACCCCCAAGCUGAUUCAGGCGGCUUUCUCGGCCAUGACCGACACGUACACAUUCAUGCUGACAUGGAAGCUUUUUGGAAAGGACGCUGCAAGCUGGGCGCUCGCUGCGUCAUUCAUGUCGUGGUUCAAUUACUUUUGCGGCGUGCGGACGUUUUCGAACUGCAUGGAAACGACCUUUACGGUCGUGGCUCUCUACUACUGGCCAUGGACGCGGAUCAAGUUAACGCGCUCCACAUGUGUUUGCAGGGAUCUAUGGAUAGCGCUUGCUGUUGCUGCGGCUGGAUGCAUCGUCCGGCCCACAAACGCAAUCCUGUGGAUCUUCAUGGGCACUCAUCUGCUUUGGCAGAAUCGGAAAAACUCACUCUCGAUCCUGGGAAAGGUUGCUGUGGUGGCAACGGUGGCCAUAGUCUUUGCAGUCGUGAUCGAUAAGGCCUUCUACAAGAGCCUAACCUUCACGCCCUUCAACUUUUUCAAAGUCAACAUCGUCCACAACAUAUCGAUAUUUUACGGAGGACAUCCAUGGCACUGGUAUUGGACCCAAGGAUAUCCAGUUGUUGCCUUGACCUUCAUUCCAGCCAUGAUCUUGGGAAUACGCAAGACACGCCUUCGGUUGCCGCUCUUUCUGAUGCUGUGGACGAUCGGUGGAUAUAGCCUCCUUGCCCACAAAGAGUUUCGUUUUAUUUUACCAAUCCUUCCAAUCACGUUGGCAUAUUCCGGCGUGCAGCUCGCAAGCUUGGCCAAGGCUGUGAAGCUCGAUCGUGAACAGGCGGUCGAACAGCCAGUCUCCUGGAAGAUGAAGCUCGUGCGCCGCUUGGACUUGUACAUCUGGCUGGCCUUCUUGGCGAUCACCAAUUUUGGCGCGGCCUACUAUUUUUCCAAUGUGCACCAGCGCGGCGUCAUUGACGUGAUGACCUGGCUGCGAACAACGAUUCGAAACCAACCAGUCUCGGUCGACGGCAUUUUGUUUCUGAUGCCUUGCCACUCGACACCGUACUACAGCCACAUCCAUCGGGAUAUUGAAAUGCGGUUUCUGAGCUGCGAGCCGCCCCUGGGCGUCGUCGAUCGCGGAUCAUACAUUCCAGAAGAUGAUCUGUUCUAUUCCCAGCCGCAUCAGUUCAUCCAGCAGUACUUCUCACCCAGUUUUGGAAACAAGACCUUACACACAGUCGCCGCUGCUGGCGAGGACACAGAACCUAUCGCCGUCCCGGGUCAGCCCUACAAGAUUCAAAGGUACAGCUGGCCAAGCCACAUUGUCAUUUUCCAGACACUGGAGGCACUCAUGCGGGAUCUCAUCCUUGGCUCGGACUAUCGAGUGUGUGCACGAUUCUUCAACAGCCACUUUCAUGACGAUGAUCGAAGAAAGGGCGAUGUCAUUGUGUACUGUCGCUCGUGA